AUGUGGAACCCUAAGGAUGACGAUGAUUCGUGGGAAGUUAGGGCUUUUGAGGAAGAUACUGGCAAUUCCAUGGGUGCAACUUGGCCACCAAGGUUCUAUAGUUGCACCUUUUGUCGGAGAGAGUUCCGGUCCGCCCAAGCCUUAGGUGGUCACAUGAAUGUGCACCGUAGUGACCGUGUCAGGCUCAAUCAAACACCGUCACAUGCUUCAAAUAGCUCCACUUUUAAUUUCCCCAAUGCCAAUUCUACCCUCCUUAUCCAAAAUCAAGAAUUCAUCCAAAAUGGUGGACUUUGCUUUCUUUACUCCAUGCCUAAUUAUCAUAACCCUAAUCAUACAACAAUUAAAUCUAGUAAUGUGGAUCCCUCAAAUCUUCUCUCCAAUAUCUCACCCUUUUUGACAAAUAAUUUGAUGUCUCCUUGCACUAUUCCAUCUUCAAAUUUCCAGCCUCACAACAUCAGCUCAUCAUCAUUUAACACAAGUGAACCUUCAGCAUCUAAUAGUACUAGUAACGACAAUAAUCGCGAUAAGAGGGAUUCAACCAUUGAAGAUGAGAUUGAUCUUGAGCUCAGGCUAGGAUGGAGAUCAGCAACACCAAGAUGAC